AUGCUUCUCCUCGACAAUACCAAUGUGCUGGCCGUGCCCGAUGUCCCACCACCAUCUUACGAAGAGGCCACCGGUAUCUUGCCCCCUGCCACAUCGCCUGUCUGCCCACCGGCAUCCGAUGCUGCAAGGGCUGGUCUCGUUAGACAUGAAGAGAAACCGACGUCGCCGAUGCGGCUGGCGACCGGUAGACGAUCCCAAAUACAACCUGCACCUGGUUCCAUCCCCACCGGCCGCCAGUUUCCCCCUACCUUCAACCUCUACGGCGGUAAUUUGACAAACCUCUACACAUUGGGCGAGCAUCAGCAGACACCGCUCUAUGCUGUAAACAUUCGAGCCAGCUGGGGUAAUCCAGGCCCAACGGUAGCUCUACAUAACGGGCCAAGCACACGGGCACCGCUACUGGCUGGUGUAGAUUUUUCAAACGUCACGGAUCAAAUGUCGGCUACAUUGCCGCCUCCAAUCUCCUAUAGGGGAGGUUUAACCGCCGUCCGGCUUGAGGUUGUUUACGGAUGGUCACAUACCUAUCAGUUCGUCAUGGAAGUGGGCACAGACCGGCUCAACAUACACAAUGAAGCUUUUGAAUGGCGGCAUAGCUCCGGGAGUGCGAUUGCUGCUCUGGGCGGUGCCCACGAUGGCUGGAAGCUGGUGCGCAUGUGCACAGCCACAUUAGGACCCAGACAGCCGCGCUGUGCGCCGGCGUUCCUCACAUCGGAUGGGCGCGAGGUGGUGGCGAUUUGGUCAGACGCGUUAAUGAGCCUUACGAAGCAGUUGAAGUUCUCGUUUUGCGGCACGGGCUUGUCAGGUUUGUUGGGUGAGAGGUGGGCCGUCAUGGCGGUUAUGAGCGCUUUAGCGAUCUGGGAGAAAGAGCUGGGCAACCAAGCUAGACGGUAA